CGCAUUCGAAAAAAAAACUUUAAACUAAACGGACGACGCCGCUGACGGAAACGGCAAGGGCGGAUGAGUGUUGCGCGAGUUUAAUGGUUUUUUCGCUCCCGAAAAGCCAGUUUCACACAUUUCGUUUAAUAUAUUUUAAGAAUUUUUAACCAAAUCGACGCAAUUUCCGCCAGGUGAAAUGCAGUUGCAAGUGUAAUGUGCGGGAGUGGUGUGAAAUAAGAAAAAAAGUCACGCGUGUGAUGUGUUGUUGUGGCUGCUACGAAACGCAAAGAAAAAGUCAAAGCCAAAAAGCAAAGUGCAAAAGCCAGUCAAAAAUUAACACCAGACAAGUAGGAGAAAUAGGCAUGAGACAGGCCCCGAAAUUGGGAAAAAAAUUAUAAAAAGUGUUAAGUGAAAUAAUGUGCAUUUAAAGGUGGAAUCGCGACGCAAAAGGCCCACAGCAGCGCCAGCAGCCAGAAGUCGCUAAACAUAUUGAACGCAGUGUGGCCAAGGCAGUAGAAGUAGUGCCGUUGUUGUUGGUCGUGUGUAUUUCUUUGUUUUGUUUGGUUUUCGUGCCCCCCUACCCUACCUCUCGCUCACACUCGUUCGCUGCCUGAGUGCUAGUGCGUGCGUGCGGUUGCACGAGUGUGCAAGGACAACAAAAACGCACUUCGUUGGAAGAGGAAGCGAUUGAGAGCAUCAACAGCUGUGGCGGCGCUGCAACUGCAACGCUCCUACAACAACAACAACAACGAUGGACACAUUUCGCAAGUGGCUGAACAAACCCAAGGCCGAUGACAAGUCGCUGCUGGCGCGCUUCUUUCAUGCCGAUCGAUCGCUGACAGCGGUGGCCAGCGAACUGGACAGCUUCGAUGGACGAGCGGAGCCGGAUCGAUGCUCCCGAUUGGUCAGCAGACUGCGACAGAAUCAGGACAAAGUGCUGUCGAUCACGAAUCUGAUUAUGGAGGAGCUGCUCGGCGAGGAUCGCGAUCCGCGUGCGUUUCGUGCCAAAUUCCCCGAGGAAGUGCUGCAGGAGAAUCUCGCCGGACAGCUGUGGUUCGGCGCCGAGUGCCUGGCGGCCGGCUCUUCGAUCAUGAAUCGUGAGAUGGAGAGCAAGGAGAUGCGACCGCUGGCCCAGGCCGUCACCAAGAGUCUGGGCAAUGUGCGGGUCCUGCUCAGAGAUCAGUGCCUGCGGAAUAAUGUGCCCAAUAGCAAGACCCUCCAUCUGGACGUCAACGAUUUCACCACCGAGCAGCUGUACGAGAGCCUCAAGAUCUUCGAUCGUCUCUUUGCCGAGUUCGAGCUGAGCUACGUGAGCGCCAUGGUGCAGGUGAAGUCACGGCACGAGUACGAGAUGCAGCAGUGGAUCGGUGUGCUCUUCUCGGAGACGCUGCAGCGUGCCCUCAAGAUUGGUCUGCUCGAUCAGGAUAUGGUGGAUGCCUUCGAUCCGGGUCUGAUGUUCUCUAUACCACGGCUGGCCAUUGUUGCCGGCCUUGUCGUCUAUACCAAGGGGCCGCUCGAUAUGGAUAUGCCUGGGGAUCAGCUGUCCGAGAUGUUUCGUCCAUUUCGCACGAUCCUCAUUAAGAUACGGGAUCUUCUGCGAAACCUCAACAACCAGGAGCUGUACCAACUGGAGAAAGUCCUCUGUACCAAUGAGGAUAUCAACACAAAGGUGCCUUUGGGCUCCAGCAGCAUAGAGGCACCCACACCCGAGCAUAGCUCCACACCGACAACAAGCAGCAACAAUAAUACCAAGAGCAACAGCAACAACAGCAGCAGCAGCAGCACUGGUGGAGGUGCUGGGACUGCAACUGUGGAGCGACUGGUCGAUCAGCGUAAUAAUAACAACAACAACAACAACAGCAACAAUAAUCAGCAGAAUAGCAACGAAGUCACGACAACGUUGCCGGCACGCUCUCCGUCCAUGUUGUCGCUAUCGGCCAGUACGCCCACAGCAUCGCCGGCACCAUCGCCAACGCCCACGCCCUGGCGUUCGAUUGCCUCCUCGGAAUCGUCGGCGGUCAGCAGCUCUACAAAUCCGCCAGCCGAUUGGUCAGACGGCGAUGACGAAGACGAGGAUGAGGAUGAAGAUGAACGGGAUAUAGAGGAUGAAACAGAUGAGGAGCUCAAGGAAAUUAUGGCCGAGUGUGCCUCUGGGUAUCUGAUACCCAACACAAAUCUGGGAAAUCUACUGCAACCGCAACAGGUUCCACUCACGGAUAUCUUCGUGGCCAGCGAAGAUGAUGAUGAGUACGGAACAGCUGACCACCCGCAGCCGGCGCACAGAGAGCAGGAUGAGGAGGAGCCCAGUACCAGUGCUGCACUGCAGCGUCAACGGCAUAGUCACAGUCACAGUCUCAGUCAAAGUCAUCGCCAUCAUCACCGCCACCAUCAUCAUCACCAUCACCAUCACACGACGCAGCAGCAGCACCAGCAGCAGCAACAGCAGCAGCAGCACCAUCAUCAGCCGCAUCCACAUCGUCUGACACGCAGCGGACGUAAGCGAUGCAGCAUGGAGCAUGCCGCCGUAGAGGUGGAUCAGCCGGGGCAGGGCCAGGCCAGUGGCGACACCAGUGCCGCAUCCUCGCUCUCCGACGAUGUGUCGCUUGCGAUGCGCAACACCACGGCACGCCUCAAGUUCAAGAGCACCGAGAACCUGCUGCAUCGCCUGUUCGUUUGCAUUGCCGGCGUGGCCGAUCAGCUGCAGACGAACUUUGCCUCCGAUUUGCGGCAGAUAUUGCGCAGCGUGUUCCUCAUGAAUAUGUCGUCCGUGGAGGAGGAGCAGAUCGAGAUACCGGUAAAGACAAAGGAGUCGGAGCUGUUCGAGUUCCGUGCCUCCGAAAACGAUGUGAUACAGGAGAGCGCCGGCUCCAAUCAAAGCAUUUACUCAGCCGAGGAGGUUAACCCGGAGCUGGACAAUGUGUUCAGCGCUGGCAACCGUCACUCUGCCGGCGCCACAAUGCAGCGCAAUAACACCAUCGAUAAUCCGAGCAGUAGCAGCAACAGCAACAGCAGUAGCAGUAGUUCCGCCACGACCCGCAACCAUGUCACGCGUAGUCGGAGUCUGGGUGAUCAGCAGGAGACUGUUGCCAGGAGCAUGCCUGCGGCAGUGCAGCAGCAGCAGCAGGAACAGGAGAUGGAACAGCAACAGCAGCAGCAUCAGGUGCAAGUGCAACUGCAGCGUCAGCGCAACAAUUCCGUGGGCAGCAACACGCCCUCCAGCGCCUCCUCGACCAGUUCCAGCUCCGAACAGAAUUCCCCCGUGAGCACACGCAGCGGCAGCAGUCGUCGCCGCCUGCAGAGCAACAACGAAACCCAAAUGCCUUCAUCCACAACGACAGCCGCAGCCGCAGCAACGCUUGCGCCGCCAGCCUGGAUACCCGAUGGCAAGGCGCCACGUUGCAUGUCCUGCCAGACGCCCUUCACUGCCUUCCGACGUCGUCAUCACUGUCGCAACUGUGGCGGCGUCUUCUGUGGCGUCUGCUCAAAUGCCACCGCUCCACUGCCCAAAUACGGCCUCACCAAGGCGGUGCGCGUGUGCCGCGACUGCUAUGUGCGGGAGGUGCAGGCCCGCUCCCCCUCCACCGCAAGCGUCAACGUUGGCGUUCAGAUGCAGAGCCAGGCGGGACGAGUGCAGACGGCGACCGCCUCUUAGGACCGGCCAUUGGCGCUUUUCGGCGCAGCUGAGGACCAAAAAAUAAGUGAACCGAGCGCACGUUGGGCGGGGAGAGAUGGAAAAGCAAACUGUGAAACGCAAUUGUUCUUCAAAAAUUGUUUUCUUUAUUUUAUACGUAAUCAUAACUGUACAUCUAAACCGAAACCUAAACCCCAUGCACAAGGCGGGGGCUUGCAUAAAUAGAUCGAUCAGAUAUAUAUAUAUAUAAAUGACUAUAUAUAAUCAAAGAACUAUGUAUAUAUAAUAAUAAUAAUAUAUGGGCAUUUCUCUGACGAGGUCCAGCGAGACCAAAAAUUUCAGUGUCUCUAAAAACACAUUUCUAUAUAAUUCUUUUGCGAUUUAAUAGUCUAAAUUUAAUGAAGGACAACUAGCUUUACAAAAUUAACAUAUUAUUUCAUU